UCAAACUGGAAAAAUUACUAGUUCUACUGGCCAGCAGUGAACUCGCACGCGACAGGUAACAACACGGCAUACAUGGAGAGGCAGAUACUGUGAAGACACUGAGACCUUUGAAGAUGGGAUCUAUCAAAAAGAAGUGUGUGAACUGUGCAAAGGACAUGCCAUGUGCAAAGAAGACCUGCGGGGAAUGUGGAGCUGUCCAGCCCUUGAAGCAGAGGCUGGCCAAACGCCUCACUGCACUGGACAGCAGGAAAGAGCAGUGGGCAAAGAAGGUCCAUGCGAAUAGAAAUACGUCGGCCAUGCUCGAUGAGGCCGCAGUAAUGCUGGAGAAGCUCUUUGCAGUGGGCUUCAAGGUCUGUCUGUUUGUGAAGAAGGACAAAAGGCCAGUCCGAACCAUGACCCCUAGGUCUGUAAUUGGCCCAACAGGGACAUCGAAAAUCGCUGUGAUGGCCACAUUAUUUGAAGCCACUUGCGCAGACUGGCAGAAGGAGGAUGUGAUGACCCUCAACCUCGAGGAGGUACAACAUCAGGCCCCAGAGCAGAUGGUCGAACAGGUGAUGGUGGAGGAAGAGGUGAAGGCAAUAUCCCAGCACGUUGAUGCGAGUCACAGACAAGCUUAUUCUGACCUUGAGAAGGCCAGACAGUUCAUCACUGAAGCACUACAGGAGAAAAACAUUUCCCACAAUGUUGAUGCGAGUCACAGACAAGCUUGCUCUGACCUUGAGAAGGCCAGACAGUUCAUCACUGAAGCACUGCUGAAUGAAGUCCAGAGGAACGUGGCUCUGCACUCGUUAAUCCAGCGUCUGGAAGAGAGGGCGUCUGAAGGUGUGAGGAUCCUAUCAGAGCAGGUGGAGUCAAACCGACAGCUGACGCUCCAGGUUCAUGAACUCGAGAAUCACCUGGAGUACAAAGACCAUUCACUAGCACAUGCCAACCAGACUGUUGCUGCCCUGAAGACUGAACUGAGGAACCUGCAACAACAGCUGCAGAGCCACCAGAGUAGUCACGGGACAAUUCUGGAAGUGACUGAGUGGCUGCAGGAUGACGAGGCCAAGCCCAAUAUUGUGAGCGUAGUGGAUGAUCUUCCGCUGAGGGUCAUUAAGGUUAAAGAAGAAGAUGGUGAAGAUGAUGGAGAUGAAUGUGGUGAUGAGGAUGACGAUGAUUAUGGACAUACGGACAUGACAUAUGGAAGUCAUUGUGAACAUCACUAUGAUGGAGUUGUGCCCCACACAGAGCAGAUCACCUCCACAUCAGCAGUCAUCAAACCCGAAUACCCCACAGAACAGACCUCCAUGUCAGCAGACAUCAAAACUGAAGACCCAACAGAGCAGUCCAUCUCCACGUCUGUAGAGAUCAAAUCUGAAGUCCUGCAGGAACAAGAUGGGGAAUCUGAAGUGACCCCAGCCCCAAGGUCUGGGAUGAUCAAUUCUCCCCCUGAUCUGGUAUAUCUGGACCACCAUAUCUGGAGGUUGCCCGUGCAACUUCUUGACUGGUCCACAACAUCAGGUCCGCAAGGAACAGAGGAAGUAGGAGCGGAGAGCCAAGACACAGAAACACCCAAACAGAGUAGAGGAUCACCGCUGCCAUCGUCUGUAAACCGGCUGAUUGAGACCGAAGAGAAGAACUACCACUGCCAACUGUGUGGGAAAGCAUUUUCAAAGGCAAAAAAUCUACGUCAACAUCAGCUCAUUCACACAGGAGAGAGGAAAUGCCACAAUCAGCUGUCCCAGACACAACAACUCAGCGUGCACCAACGUAGUCACACAGGAGAGAAGCCCUACCAAUGUGGACAGUGUGAAAAAAGUUUUUCACAGGCAGAACAUCUCAGGAAGCACCAACAUAUUCACACAGGAGAAAAGCCCUACGAAUGUGGACAGUGUGGGAAGAGGUUUUCACAGGCAGAACAUCUCAAAACGCACCAACGUGUUCACACUGGAGAGAGACCCUACGAAUGUGGACAGUGUGGGAGGAGGUUUUCACAGGCAGGAGAUCUCAGAAGGCAUCAGCUCAUUCACACAGGAGAGAAGCCCUAUGAAUGUGGACAGUGUAGGAAGAGUUUUUCAGAUGUAGGAAAUCUCAGGAGGCACCAACGCAUUCACACCGGAGAGAAGCCCAACUUCUGUGGACAGUGUGGGAAGAGUUUUUCACGCAGAGAUGAACUCGCAAGGCACCAGAUCAGUCACACAGGAGAGACACCAUGACACUGUGGACAGUGUGGCCAGAGAUACGUCAUUCUAGUUAUUUUCCGGUAUACACUUUAUGUCAGGUAAACACCCCUUUAGGAGACCUUCGUUAGGAGACCUUCGGAGUCCUGGGGUUGAGAAU